UUCUUGCACGGAAAGAAAUCUGAAUAUGCCUGAACCUGCGAAGUCCGCGCCCGCCCCGAAGAAGGGCUCCAAGAAGGCCGUGACCAAGGCACAGAAGAAGGACGGCAAGAAGCGCAAGCGCAGCCGCAAGGAGAGCUACUCGGUGUACGUGUACAAGGUGCUGAAGCAGGUCCACCCCGACACCGGCAUCUCUUCCAAGGCCAUGGGCAUCAUGAACUCGUUCGUCAACGACAUCUUCGAGCGCAUCGCGGGCGAGGCGUCGCGCCUGGCGCAUUACAACAAGCGCUCGACCAUCACGUCCCGGGAGAUCCAGACGGCCGUGCGCCUGCUGCUGCCCGGGGAGCUGGCCAAGCACGCCGUGUCCGAGGGCACCAAGGCCGUCACCAAGUACACCAGCUCCAAGUGAGCGCACCAAACUCGCUCUUAACCCAAAGGCUCUUUUCAGAGCCACACAACUGUUCACAAUUAAGAGCUACGCACCACUCUCACACUAAUAUCCC